AUGCGGUGCCCAGGAUGUCCUCCCAGCGUGUCCUCUUCUCCGUGUUUCUCUUGGCCGUCUUCGACGCACCAUAGCGCUGGUAGGAAACAGCAGACUGGGUGCAUUCUCAGCAAUGAGCUGUCUAAGCAAGAGCUAGUUCACCUGCUUGUCCGCGAAGCCCGACGUAUGGCACACUGCCGUGCAACCGGAAUACCUUACCAGUCCCCUCUUCAGCUUGCUAUCCAACGAGCAUCUGCAGCUGAGUCUGCAACCGCAACCGCAACUAUCGACAACAACCCGGGCGCCAUACUUAUCAGGCGAAGCGGUCCGUACGCCCCCACUUUACACAGGUAUCCCUCAGAUCAAGUCCAGCCGUACAUGUCUUCGACCCUGCAUUCCGUUGUAAAGGAGAAUGUACACCGUCGUCCUCGAACAACCUAUUCCGCGCAUACAGGAUAUACUUCAUCUGCUAAACAUGAGGCACUAUCAGAGAGACCACGUCGACACUCAUCUACCUCUCAAUAUUCAUCGCGUCCUCAGUCCGAUGGCACCCACGGAUCAAGUACUUCUGGCUACGGAGUACGGGGGCCAGAUUGUUGGACGGAUAGCGGCGAUAUUCGACCCCCUAUAAGCGCCCCACAUCGUUCACAUGUUGCUUUUACCAACGGCAAGAGACGUGCCCAUUUGAACCCCAACGGCUUUGAAGAUGGAUUUAUCUCCAUGCCAGGGUCCUUCAGGACAUCCUCUGUGAGCGACUCCUGCCACAUAAACCCAAAGCUCUACAGACCUGAGUACAGGCAAUCCUCAUCCUCCUAUUGUCACUUUCGGCCGGACUUGGGAAAUACAUACUUCUAUAACUGA